AUGUCUGUUGUUAUAGUUGGGUCUUCUAACACUGAUUUGAUCGGGUACUGCGACAACUUUCCAGAAGCCGGGGAGACAGUUAUUGGUGGAAAAUUUCACACAGGCUUUGGUGGGAAAGGAGCAAACCAAUGUGUGAUGGCUUCAAAAUUUAAAGAUGUUCCAGUCAAAAUGGUGACAUUUUUGGGAAAAGAUUCUUUUGGCGAAAACACACUGAAGAAUUACAAAGAAUGUGGCAUUGACACGACUGAUAUCGGGUUCUGUGAUGAAGCCACUGGGUGUGCGAUGAUUACCGUCGAUAAGACUGGACAAAACCAAAUUGUCGUUCUUCCAGGAGCAAAUUUCUCGUUGUUACCGGCAUUCCUCAAAGAGCGCGAAAGUUCGAUAUUCAAAGAGGGGAGCGUAAUUGUCUGCCAAAACGAAAUUCCAAUUGAAACGACGCGAACAGCAUUGUAUUUGGCGAAGAAAAACAAAUGCCACACCUUAUGGAACCCUGCACCUGCGCCUCGCACUUUUGACAUAGAGAUGAUCAAAGACGUUGACGUCUUGAUUGUAAACACAAAUGAAUCAAUGCAAAUUGGUGGCGAAAAAACGGCUGAGUUGUCUGCAAAAAAACUUCAUGAACAGUUUGGAGUUGUUGUUGUAGUGACAUUGGGUGGGAAUGGCUGUCUAGUUUUUGGAAACGAGGUGACAAAGGUUGAUGUUGCGCCUGUAAAGGCUAUUGACACAACAGGCGCCGGGGAUGCUUUUGUUGGGAGUUUUGCAAGGUGUUGGGCGAAAGGAAUUGACUUUGUCAAUUCGGCCAAAAUGUCUGCGAAAAUAGCGACAAGUUCUGUUUUAAAGAAAGGUACACAGUCUUCAUAUCCCAAUGCAGAAGAGAUCGAAAAGAUAAUCAACUGA